AGCAGAGAGCGUAGCCGAGCGCCCUGCCCUCCAUCCCUGAUGUUACACGCGGAGAGGAAGAGCCCGGCUGGGGCUGGAGAAGACAAGGACCCUCCAUCCAUACUUGUGGCAGGAGAGAGCAGUGCAGCCAAAGGCAACAGACCGGUGGCCUCUACGCCUGUGCCUGGAUCCCCCUGGUGUGUUGUCUGGACGGGCGAUGACCGGGUUUUCUUCUUCAACCCGACGAUGCAGCUGUCUGUCUGGGAGAAGCCCAUGGACCUGAAAAACCGCGGGGACCUCAACAGGAUCCUGGAAGACCCGCCCCACAAACGCAAGCUGCAGGCGUCACCAAGGACUGAGCUCAGCGAUGGAUCAAGUUCUGAAGACGGCAGGGGGGACCAAACCAUGAAAACCAAGAGGAAUAGGACGGAGGGCCGCACCAGUCCUGGGCUGGAAGAGGCAGGGAGAGAGGACCAAGGCACCAAGCUGCUGCCGCCCCAGAUCCUCCUGCCCCUGGAGGAGCGGGUGACCCACUUCCGAGACAUGCUCCUGGAGAGAGGGGUGUCAGCGUUUUCUACCUGGGAGAAAGAAUUACAUAAAAUCGUGUUUGAUCCCCGCUAUCUCCUGCUAAACUCUGAGGAACGGAAGCAGAUAUUUGAGCAGUUUGUCAAGACCAGGAUAAAAGAAGAGUACAAGGAGAGGAGAAGGAAACUGCUGCUAGCCAAAGAAGAGUUCAGGAAACUUCUAGAGGAAUCCAAGGUGUCACCCAGGACCACAUUUAAGGAGUUUGCUGACAAGUAUGGCCAGGAUCAGAGGUUUCGACUUGUUCAGAAACGGAAGGACCAGGAGCAUUUUUUCAACCAGUUCAUACUUAUUCUUAAGAAACGGGACAAGGAGAACAGAAUCAGGCUCCGGAAAAUGAGAUGACAGGUUUGUGACGAAGCAGACACAGGCACCAUCUGUAACCAUCUCAAGGUUUUCAUGAGCUGAUGAUCUGAAAGUUCCCUGAAAACCUCUGGGAGUUCCGUGAAGUUGGGGACCCCCUACUGAAGUGUCCCUGUGUCCCUGCCUCGCCUUCUGAGUGGUGGCAAUAGGCCAUUCAUCAUUCACCACAGCGUCAACUGUGGCCGUCCUGACGCCUGGGCAGUCAUCACCCACAGGUGUCUCAGGGAACUGCCUCAUUGCCCGAUGGGGCCUCGCGCCUGGAGCAGGGGGCUGCCCUGUCUGCGGCCCUACUUACAAAAUAAUUAUUUUGUACAAAAUCAUCAUAUUAAUAUUUGAGUUAUUUUUAUUGUAUGCCCAGAGUUUGCAUGAGAUUUUUC